AUGGCACAAGAAGGAGAUAUGUAUCGAGAGCAUGUCUCAACUGUCGAGUGCGCAAAGUCAAGGUUUGACACUUCCGAAUUCUUGAAGCAUGAGUAUUGUUCUGAUAUAAGUAGUGCUCUGAAGAGCGGCCCUGUGAGAGAUGUCGACUUGCGGAUGAAGCAUGCGACCACGGAGUCGACGCAAAUGGAGACGCAGCAGACACCAGGGAUUGAGCAACAGCAGCAAGAAGAUUCAAAUACCUGCUUUUUGCCAUUGUCCCCUAGGGAUCCACAGCUCUUCGGAUCACCUUCACAAUUUAUGUCUGGGGAACCGUCAUUUCUAACACCAAGGACCCCAGAGGUGUCAUCGAGAGAGAGGAGAGCAAGCAUCGUGGAGCCAAGUUUGCGGCCCAGCGGCACGACGGUGUUUAGUUCCAAUCAACAGAUGUCUGAGGAUCCGUUGCUGGCGCUUAGUAGAGCGGCAUCAAUGAGCCAAACAUUCGAUACGAGCCGUGCGGAAACCCAGCGGCUAAUAAAAUUGAUGCAUGAGAUGGGAGAACGGUUGAAUGCCGUGGAACGCGAGCAGAAUAUUCUCAAGAGGAAGGUCUUUGCAUCAUCGCAAGCCUCUCAGAAUACACCUGCAACUACUGACAACGGAGCCACUAUACUCUCGCCUACCGGAGAAUCUGAGAGCGGGAAUACACUGGACCCGAGUCAUGAAACGGAGCUGCAUACGUCUUUGUCGCAGACGAUAGACGCAUUAGAUGGUACUCUCCAGACGAAACCACCAGCCGGGCGAAGCCCGGGAACAAAAGUCAACAGGAGGCAGUCGGAGAAUCACGUCUCGCUAGGGGACAUUGAUGUCGUGUCGCCUUCUUCGAGAACGAAUGUUACGAGUCCGGAUACGAAUGCUAGGAUCAGUAAUGUGGCUAGCCUGCGACGAGCAUUCGAUUUGUGGUUUACAAAUAUCAAUCCGAACCUCCCUUUUAUCAACGAGAAUCAGUUCAGGCUCCAGUUCGAGAACCACUUGGUCACAGGCGGGAACGAGGGCGAUCCUCGAUCCAAGGACCUCUUCGUCGUCUUGGCCAAUCUCAUCUACGCGGAAUCAAUGCUGCUGAGCGAGCACUCCCCAGCUGAGAGCGCAAUUCCAGGGUGGCCGGAGUUCUGCUACGCGGACCGGAUCCUAAGCCGGGUUUCGUGGCUAAGCAGAGGCAACAUGCAAAUCAUACAGUGCCUGAUGAUCAAAGCACGGUAUCUCAGCACUAUCCAGAGAAUCAGGUCAGCAUACGACACCAUGUGCAAAGCCGUCCAGAUCUGCUUCUACACCGGCCUCCACAAUGAGCCACGAUGGUCCAACAUUACUCCCUUCGAAAAGACAAUGAGGCAGCGAAUAUUCUGGUCACUGUUCUAUAUGGAUCGUGGAAUUGCGUUGGGGGCGAAUAUGCCGUAUCUCCUCCGCGAGUCUGACUUCAACGUCGAAUUCCCCGCACGAGUUGGCGAUAGAUAUCUAUACCCAAAUCGUCCGUUGCCGGAAGAGAGCCCUACGUUCUCAUUCAUCCCGUACCUUGAGUCGUGUAUGAAAUGGUCCCAGCUUUGCUCUACGAUUUGGGACGCCAUGUUCACGCCGAACUCGCCAAAACCCGCGAGUGAGGAGCUCAUAACAUCGCUGGACACUGAAAUCCUCUACUCCAUUUGUUCACUGCCGCAGAUCAUGCAAUGGGACCCCAGCGCGCUCCAGCCGGGUCGAAGAAGCGAUAUACCGCGCUAUAUCAAACGACACAUGUGUCUUUCGCAUCUUCAUACAAACCACCUGCGCCUGGUAAUGCGCCACCGCGCCCUCGUAACCCUCACCUGCUCGCGCAAAAUGGCCGAAGAAAGCAUCUGGAUCGCCGCCUCAACCACCGACGCCGUCGACGCCUACCGCUCCUCAAACCAGCACGCGCACAUGUUCCGUUUCUCAGCCGCCAUGUUCUUGACCGCCGCUAUCAUCCCGCUAAUCUGCGUGAUCGUGCAAGAGAACAAGCCUGCCUCCUGCACCGCCAACGGCUCCACCUCCACAACCACCACCAACAAAAACAGCGGGGUCUCUAACAACAGCAGCGCCCAAAGCGCUCAGAACCAGAUCUCCCCCACCGCCCGCGACGAAGCCAUCCGCGCCUUUGGCAAAGCCCUCUCCAUCUUACGUGAAAUCUCGCCUGGGUUCGGCAUCGCGGCCCUCAUGCUACACAGGCUGGACGCCGCAAUCCAAGUCGCGUCUUCCGUCAUCGAGAAACUGAAGCAGGAGAACAACCCAUCUCUCCCGUCUUUCCCCAUCAACUCGGCGGACGGGAUGAGCGAUUUGCAGAUGGAUGAGGGGGUUAGUCAGAAUCUGCUGGAUCUGUUCAAGGACUUUGAGAAGCCGUAUGACGAGGUGGCGGCGAAUCAGGAAAUGCUGUUUUGGGGCGGGGAUGGGUUGAUGGAGAGUAUGGGGGGUGGUGGGUGUGGAGGGGCAGGGGGAGGGGUGACGGAUAUGUCUGCGGCGAACUUGAAUUGUCAGUUUGAUUGGAGUUUGAGCGUGCCGAUUGUGUAG